UAGUGUUGGGAGAUCACCAGUUUAGUGAUUGCUUCGCAACUUGUUUUUCAUCGAACCUUUCCCGAACUCCAUUCCCAGCCAACCGGACCGGCCAGAUCAGUCUUCAGUUGACUGAGAAACUGUGAAUUUGUAUCUUUGCUCCAGAAAAGUUCUAUCUGAUCAAAAUGCCGGUUGAUAUAAAGAAAGUGCUAAUUUGUGAUGCAGUGGAUGCUGCUUGCGUUGAUCUUCUUAAAAGUCACGGAAUUGAAGUCACGUAUAAGUUGAAGUUGCCCAAAGAUGAACUCUGCAAGGAAGUUAAAGAUUUCGAUGCGGCGAUUGUCCGAUCUGAUACGAAAAUAACGGCAGAUGUGAUCAAAGCAGGAUCUGGGAGUCUCAAAGCUGUAGGACGAGCUGGUGCCGGGGUUGACAAUAUUGAUAUUUCUGCUGCAACAGCAGAAAAUAUAAUCGUAUUAAACACUCCUGGAGGAAACUCCAUUGCUGCUUGCGAGCUAACAUGUUUGCUUAUUGGAACCUUAGCUCGUCCAAUUGUUCCAGCUGGUCAAAGCAUGAAAGAAGGACGUUGGGAUCGAAAAUUGUACAGUGGAACUGAAUUGUAUGGUAAAACUUUGGCCGUGAUUGGAUUAGGCCGAAUUGGUCGAGAGGUUGGAAUCCGAAUGAAUGCUUUUGGAAUGAAGGUCAUUGGAUAUGAUCCCAUUACAACCGCUGAAGAAGCUAAAGCUGCUAAUAUUUCUAAACUGGAGUUAGACCAGAUUUGGCCUCAAGCAGAUUAUAUAACAGUCCAUACUCCUCUGAUUCCGGAAACUAGAAAUUUAAUAUCAAGCGCAACCCUAGCCAAGUGCAAGCAAGGAGUUAAAGUUAUAAAUGUUGCCAGAGGAGGUAUCAUAGAUGAGGCUGCCUUACUUGAGGCUUUGGAGAGUGGUAAAUGCGGCGGAGCUGCCUUGGAUGUCUUCCCAGAAGAGCCACCGAAGUCAGAAGUAACGAAGAAACUAAUUCAACAUCCCAAAGUAGUUGCAACACCUCACUUAGGUGCCAGUACCUCGGAGGCUCAAGUUCGCGUAGCUGUGGAAGUAGCUGAACAAUUUAUCGCAUUAACUGGAAAAUCUGACAAGUAUACGAGCUAUUUGGGGGUUGUUAACAGGGAUGUUCUCAAAAAAUAUAAUCUGUAAUUAUAUUGCAUAUCAUUCCAUGGGAAAAUUAAAGGACUGACUUGAAAACGUUA